GUAAACGUUUGAAUCUUCUAAUAAAAUUUACGUAUGAGUUAACUAACAUUACUCAUUGUUUACCUUGGAUUCUCCGAUUAGGAUGCUUAAUUUAUGAUUUAUAUCACAUUUAGAGAAUUUUGAUUCUUUUCAUCUUUCUUUAAAGUCAUGUCUUAUACAAAGAAGACUCUUCAAACACAGAAACAUGAUCAGGAUGGAAAAUCUUCAACCACUUUGGCAGCUGUAGCAUUCCAAGAUCAUCUUGUUCGUUCAUUAAAUCUUGGAUUAGGAGCACCUGUUAGAAUUGGACCAAGGCAGGUUGGUCUAGGCCCCGCAGCUAAAGCUAAACAAAAACAGAAGAAAGAGAUCAAGUCUCAAACUGACACAGGACUACGAAGACAGAGGCCAAAAGAAUCUACCAAAAAAGAGGACAAAGAAUAUGUACUAGAUGCAAAGCCAGCACCACUGACACUGGCACAGAAAUUGGGGUUAGUAGAAGCUCCUGAGCAACUACUUUCCGAAAAUGAUUGGCAAAAUGUGAAAACAAAAUCAAAUGAGAGAGAUGACUCAAAGCUGCCGUGUGUCAUAUGUAAGGAGGAUUUUGGGACCCAGGAGCAGGUCUUGCUCUCAUGCUCCCAUGUUUUCCAUAGGGCAUGUCUCCAAGCCUUUGAGAGGUUCACGGGGAAGAAAACCUGUCCGAUGUGUCGGAGAGAACAGUACCAGACACGAGUCAUCCAUGAGGGAGCAAAGCAGCACAGGAACAAGUGUGCCACAAUGAUCCAGGCUGCAUGGCGAGGGUAUGUGGUGAGGUGUUGGUAUAUGAAGCUGAGGGAGACAGUGCCACCCACUGAUCCUAAGCUGAAGAAAAAAUUCUAUGCUAGUAGACUUUCCAGCAUAACGGACAGAAUGCUCAGAUCUUGUGAUUUUAACAUUGAUGUCUUCCUGACUGAAAUUGAUGAAAACCUAGCUGCGAGUCGUGCCAUUUUCAGAAACUUUGAUGCAACAUUUAACAUAAUGUCUGAGGAACAGUGGGAAGAAGUUCAAUUAAAGGCAGUUACAAGACAAGAACUGGAAUGUCCAAUCUGUUUAGGAGCACUAGUUUUACCAGACCAACUUGGGAAUGGACCUCCUUCCUCCUACACCACACAGGAUCUCCAUCACGCCAUGUCAAGCUUGUCAAAACAGCCAGACCGACCAAACUCCAGCCAAAAAACGAGAGGUCAAGGAAAGGACUCAGUAAUUAGCAAGAUCAUGCCUCAAAACAACAGCCCUGCUGACGCUCAUUGUUGUGGGAAGACUGGAAUCAGAAAGACAGUGCUGUUGUCGUGUUCCCAUGUGUUCCACGAGACUUGUUUAGCUACAUUUGAGGAGCUGACUUGUGAGGAGAGACCUGUGUGUCCAGUGUGUCGGUCUCUGUACCAGAAGAGAGUCCUUUCUUUGUAGUGUUUCUAUGCAAGAAAGCAAUUUGCAAACCUUUGCUUGAAUUAUUCUUAUAGAGAGGAAAAAGUUAGCAACUGCUAGCGAAGAUAUGCAAGAUCCAAUACAGAUUGGCAUUGCAUUGAAACUGUUUGUGGGGUUUCAUG